AUGAACGGCGACAGAGAUGGCGGCCGGUCGCGCGACCAUUAUUCUUCGCGCGGAGAUCGCGAUGACCGCCGCGACCGUGACCGCGACCGACGCCGCCGUUCCAGAUCUCCCGGCCACCGAGGCUCCCGACGUGAUUACGAGGUAGACACGUACUCUUCCAGCCGUGACUACAGAGAGCGGGAGCGUGAGGACCGUUAUGCGGGUAGGGACAGGCACCGCGACGAUCGCUGGGACAGAGACCGUGGCUCGCGCAGGGAGAGACGAGAAGAUGAUGAAAGGCCAUCGCGCCGGGACCGCGACCUGUUUGAUGACCGCGGAGGACGUGGGAGGAGGGACAGGGAUGAGCUCGGCGGACGUGGUGGCGGUGCAGGUGGCGGCGGCGGCGGCGGCGGUAGGAGGAGGAGUGCCUCGCCGCCGCCCAAGAAGAGGGAACCCACACCGGAUCUCACCGAUGUAAUCCCCAUCAUGGAGCGGAAGAGGCGUAUGACGCAGUGGGAUAUUAAGCCGCCGGGUUACGAGAACGUGACCGCGGAGCAGGCCAAGCUUUCGGGCAUGUUCCCCCUGCCUGGUGCACCUCGCCAGCAGCCCAUGGAUCCCAGCCGCCUGCAAGCCUUCAUGAACCAGCCCUCUGGUUCAGCAAGCGCUUCCGCUCUCAAGCCGUCAAACUCGCGGCAAGCAAAGCGCCUUUUCGUCUACAACUUCCCCAGCUCCGCCACCGAGGAUUCCAUCCAGGACUUUUUCAACCUUCAGCUCAAUCAUCUCAACGUCAUUUCCAGCUCUGACCCUUGCAUUUCAGUGCAAAUCUCCAAAGACCGCACGUUUGCUCUCUGCGAGCUGAAGACGCCGGAAGACACUACCAUGGCGCUGGCUUUGGACGGUCAAUCUAUGGAGCCGGAGGAUGCGUCCAAUGGGGCCAGCAACGGAGCUCACGCAGGCCUCCAGAUCUCUCGCCCGAAGGAUUACAUUGUUCCCGCGCAGAGUGACGACGCUGAUUACCAGGAGGGUGUCAUAUCAAACAACGUCAAGGAUGGCCCGCACAAGAUUUGCAUCUCGCAAAUUCCGAUCUACCUCUCGGAGGAGCAAGUAACGGAGCUGCUGACAUCCUUCGGCGAGCUGAAGUCUUUCGUGCUGGUCAAAGAUACUGGCACUGACCAGUCGAAGGGAAUUGCGUUCUGUGAAUAUGUUGAUACGACUGCGACCAACAUUGCGGUGGAUGGGUUAAACGGCAUGGAGAUUGCUGACGAGAGCUUGAAGGUCAAGAAGGCAUGCGUUGGCAUUCAGCAGGCAUCCGGGCUGGAAAUGGGCGUCAAUGCCAUGUCCAUGCUUGCCGGGACGUCUUCGAAUGAUGCUGAGCAAGGCCGGGUCUUGAUGCUUCUUAACAUGGUUACGCCAGAGGAGUUGAUGGAUCCCCAAGAAUAUGAAGAGAUCCAAGAAGAUGUUCAUGAGGAGUGCAGCAAGUAUGGCCAGGUCUUGGAGCUCAAGAUUCCCAGGCCGCAGCCGCCCAAGGAGAACAAGGGCGUCGGGAAAAUCUUCGUCAAGUACGACACGCCCGACUCGGCGCAGAAGGCUUUGCGUGCUCUGGCCGGCCGCAAGUUUGCGGACCGUACCGUCGUCGUCACCUUUUUUGGCGAGGAGUACUUCGACGUCGAUGCUUGGUGA